AUGUUUACACCGCUGUUCUUAAAACCGGAAAAGUGUCCGAAUGCACGAAAUAAACUCGGUUCUUUGUGCAGGGUAAUACCAGCUCCGUUGGCGCUGAUGGUCGGCGUUGGAUGUAUUCGUGCACUUGCUGCUUUAAAUCGUGCUGGCUAUGUGAAUCGUUUCGUAACGCCAUAUAAUUUUGCUGUAACAAAUCCACCAACCAGGGAGAAUAUCUUGCACGGGAUUAUUAUCACGGAUCUUAGCGCUGCGUUGCCCUGGCCAUUGAAACCGCGUGUUUUCGUUCCCUUUAUUGGUACAUAUCGCUACAGUUCUGUAAGAGCACAUUGGGGACGCGAGCAAGGACCGUCUGAUGAUAUCAUAUCUGUGAUUUUCAUGGUUGCUGAAUGGCUACACGGAAAAUUACCAUGGCGAUCGCUAGGCUUCGAUGAGGACCGAAUCUGUUUUAUCAAAACAUACUUUUAUAAGACCAAAGCUUUCAAGAAGUUGCCGAGAGAGAUUCGUGGUGUCUACAAGUACUUGCUUAUUUUUCUUCCGUUGGCUUUCGCUUCUGUUUUGCUAAUUAAACACACCAGCAAAUACAUUCGAAUAGCUUCUGCGGAACGAUUCACGGACUGCGCAGAAAUACGUAUCUGGGAAAUUUACAGGAAGAUGUACGAAGUAGCCUGUACAACGGCAAUCGAUUUCAAGUGGGUGAUUGGGGAGUUUGGAAAAGCGCUGAAUAAAAGAGACCCAAACGGAGAGUACCAAAUCCCUAGCUGGCUUCUCAUCGAACAAACUGAUGAAUAA